AUGCUGGGUACCCCCCAGUCGCCUUACUUGGUGGUUGUGGCGUCGUUGACGGAGAUGACAGCCGGAGGGAAUGUCAUCAUCCGAACCCAACUCAGGCGUGCCGGCCACGACUCAUCAACUUGGUACGCUCGCCCGCACGCACGCACUGGGUCGGUUGGACGUCAAGCUUUGGGAGCAGGUGAAACGGCCAGGCACGCACGCGGCGGCGGCGUCGGCGACCAGUACGGAGAAGCCCUCAUCAACCCCGCGAGCGGGCAGGGCACGAGGGCGGGGGGGCCGGCCGUCAUUGUCUGGGAGAACGGCACGCCCGCCGAGAGCGUGCGAGACGGCGGAGCGCGGCGACGGCAUGUUGCGGUCGUUCACCGACCAACAACAGCACCCGGAGGCGGACCCGGACAUGGCAUCCCCCCCCCCUUGCCCCUCGCUGCACAGCCAGCAGGCACGCGCUAA